AUGAGUAGCGACAACCAAACGGACACCAUUCGACUGUCAGAUUUGAAAGCUCCAACUAUCGGAUGCUCCUGCUUCCAUCUGCCACGCAUCAAGUUGCACACAAAACGAAUACGGCAAUUCAGUGAUUCACCCUCACAGCUUUCGUUGGACAUUAUUCAGAAUGGUGUCUCAGCAAACAAGCAAGUCCGAUGUAAUGUCCCCAAACGGGACAACGAUGAUGUGCACGAGACAGCCUGGAGCGACGGUUGUGUUUUUGGCAACCGAGCCGAAAGUCUAAGCGAACUAACCGAGGAUGCUUCUCAAGUCACUGCCCUCAAACUGACAGUGCCGGAUUCCAAAUCCCAGGACAAUGCUCCGAAGCAAACGAAGCGUCGACUCAAACUCUGUGCGCCGUGUACCAUGGAGAACAAGUUCAAUGCUUCCGUGCAAAUUCGGAAAGCAAAGAAACUGUUUAGCGUAUUCUGUUGGGCUGUCCUGACAACGGCAAUGCUAAGCAUCAGUCUAACCAUCUGGAUUCUUUGUGGCACUCAGUCGUUUGUGCUUGCACAGCUCCCCAAUGACACAACUUCGUUGGAUUGCAAACGUUUCAUCACCAAUCGAGAUGACAUCGUCAGUGGAGGGUUGAAUAACGAUGUCACUGACGAUGUCACCUCGAUUGGCGAUGAAAAGUUUGCAAUCACGGCGAACAGACCAAUAACCAAACAGCGCACCCGAACUAUCUACAUUCCACAGCAUUUGCUUGGUUAUUGGUCUGUUCGCCGAGAUUGCCAGUUGGAUUGCAAACGUUUCAUCACCAAUCGAGAUGACAUCGUCAGUGGAGGGUUGAAUAACGAUGUCACUGACGAUGUCACCUCGAUUGGCGAUGAAAAGUUUGCAAUCACGGCGAACAGACCAAUAACCAAACAGCGCACCCGAACUAUCUACAUUCCACAGCAUUUGCGCCCACCUUCAUUCCUCACCCAAUUCGCCACAUCGUGGACUCUAGUUUUGUAUCCAAUCUACCUCAUUUGCAACGUGAUCCUGCGUUUUGAAAAGGCUUCCUCAAACGAGCUACUAAUGCAAAACUAUGAGUCAAUUGUGUUUUCAUCUAGAAACCACAUGGUCAUCCUCGCCAGUGAUCAACCAACCAUUGUGAAAGUUCUCACUCGCUGUAUUCUCCUGUCAAUUCUCUGGCAACUGUUUCUAAACUGUUUCCUCCGAAGCAUGGAAGUGGUAUCGCCAAUCGACUGUGCCGCGAUAAUGGCUGUUCUGCCGUGCUUUCACUACCUGUUCAGUUGGAUCAUCGUGCAUAGACGGUUUUGUGCAUUGAGAGUAAUCGCCUUCAUUCUCGCAUCCAGUGGCGUGAUUUUCAACAUAUACAGUGAUCAAUACUCUAUGUGGUACAAAUGCUUAUCGAGUGUGGCGGUCGUUGCAUUCGCACUAUUCAAUGUCAGUUGUCCGUACUUGUCAUUUCAGCGGUUUGUUUUGUCAUCUGCUUUGUUUU